GAUGCCUUAUCUUCCUACAAGUUGGUAUGCUGGUGGAUCCAGUUGCAAGCCCUUUGUCGCUGAAAGGGGAGCCCAGGCCUGCACAGCCACCACCUGCCUCCCUGCUGACUCGUCCGUGCUUGGCCAGUAACGCGAGCCCCAGGGAGGGAGCUGCAGGGUCCCCUGGGUCCACCCCGACCCCGGCCACUUGCAAACCAGGCAUAGCCAACGAUGCAGGUAAGAGAGAACUGGGGUUCAGGCAAGUGCAGGUGUGGGUGCACAGGGGCCACAGGGAGGGCCCAAACAUCAGGACGGGGUGCUGCCCAGCGGGCAACCACAAGAACCCAGGCUGGGCCCAGACAUUGGUGUCUACAGGCCACUGGCCACCACCCACUCUCCCAGCUCUGCAGAGGCCUGGGUUCCUGUCCUCCAGGAUGCUGCAGCCAGAAGGAUCCCAGGCCUCUGAGCUGGGACAGCUGCUGGGACCCGGCGGGGUGACUGCAUCAUCUGCUACUCGACCUAUGACCUUACCGGACACCUGCCACGCCGCCUCUACUGUGGCCACACCUUCUGCCAGGCGUGUGUAUGCCAGCUGGACAUGCCGGCCCAUGAGCAGCGCUGGAUCCCCUGCCCUCAGUGCCGCCAGAGCAUACCCACGCCCCGUGGGGGGGUGGCCAUGCUGGACCUCGACCUGGCCACCUUCCUGGAGAUCAAGGCCGAGCGGGAGCCGUCUUGAACAGAGCCCCAGCCCCCUGCCCCCCUCAAAGGCAGCGCAGCCAUCACUCAGCAGCCGGCUGGGCUCUGCCCCAGCUUGGGACCCCAGCCCCACUUUCCCCAGCCCAGAUGCUGCUGCUGGGGCUGCGGCCCCCUCUGCUGGGGCCCCCCAGGCAGCCCUGAGGUCUGAGCUCUGGCCGCUGCCACUCCUGGCGGGGAGUUGCUGCCUGUGGCAGGCGUGCUUCAGAACUUUUGCUGGCAGGACAGCCUGCCUGGGACAGUCUGGGCACAGCAAACUGGGGUCUUCCCCUUGUGGAUACCCACUGGCCACAGCCUGAGGGUGGCGGCUUUGCUCACAGUACAGUGAGACUGUUGGAUGCCGGUGUCUUCCCUCCUUGCCUGGCGGGCAUUUCCAGGCCCUGAGCGAGCCUGGCAGGGUUUAGCGGGGUGGGGGGUGUGCUGCUGCCCCAGUCGCUUGCAGACCCAGCCCCGGCCUGGACUCAGCUCAGAGGUGGUUCCUAAAGGGGUCUGGGGGCCAGUCCCCCAGUCUCUGGCUGCAGGCUGGAGGGACAGGGCCUGGCUAAGGCCGUUCCUGGCUGUGCUUGGGCACAUGCCCCCUCCCAUGUAAAACGUCCCAUAGGUGUGAGCCUGUGAGCCAGCAGAGGGGAGCCGCCUCCUGGCCUGCAAAGUAGCCCUGCUUGGUUCAUUCAACAAAGGUCACUGAGCCGCAGAGUGUGCACCAUUCCAGGAGGGUCCCCUGCAGGCACAAAGUUACCUGCAACUGGUGUCCAAGGAGAGGGCUCUGGGUGAGGCAGCUCUAGGCCCAGAGAAGGUGAGGACCUGCCUGAGGUCACACAGGUCAGUAGGGCCACUCCCACACUGGACCCUUUGCUGGCCCUCAGCUUCUCUCUGCCUCCAAGUGGCCACCACACAGACAAUUCAGAGGGGCCAGAGCAGGUGCUAUGGAUGCAGACAUCCCCAAAGUCAGCCUGCAACAUCCCCAUCCCUGCUUGGGCAGGAGCAUCAUUCAGGAGCCCCUGGGAGGGCCCGGGAGGGGAGGGGGAG